CUAUUACUGUGUUAUGAAUAUUGUGUAAUUCUAUUGGAACAUAUUCUUCACAUUAAUUGUUUCAUUAAGAAAUUGAAUAAUAAUUGAUUUCUAUGGUUGUAGUUCUGAUAGUUUUCCCGCGUAAGUGGACUUGUGAAUUGUGCUUCAGUUUUGUUUAAAUACCUUCUGUAAAUAUUUGUUGUCGAUCGGUAAUGUUUAAAUUCACAAUUUAAAUAAUUCAUCAAUAUGUUUCGAGUUAGGAGAGUUGAUUCUAAGCCAGAUGAUGCAGAUCUAGUUGUUUUUUUACCUAGAAGUCACAAGGUGGCUGAUUUACGAAACUACAUAAAUGAGGAAUGGGGAAUAAAACCUGAAAUUCAAAAACUUUAUUACCAAGGAAAGGAACUUGUAGAUGGACACAAACUAAUAGAAUAUAAUAUCAAAAUUAAUCACAUAAUACAGUUAAUGGUAAAACAGUUACCUGAAUCUGUUGUACAAACGUGUUCUGAAGAGUCACAAUCAAGUAACCCAAGUACUGCUUCUGAUAGUAAUGAAAAUUCAGAAAAGAGUUCUAAUACUUCUCAAGAUAUCGAAGAAUAUCUGGAAGAUGCAGAAAGUAAAUAUUUUACUGUUGGAGAUCCAGUAGAUUACAGAAUGGGUGUUGAAGAUGGAUCUGAUGGAGCAUGGUUUGAAAGUGAAAUCAUUAGGAUAACAAAAAAUCCAAAUUCAUCAUCUUCUGAUGACGAAACUAAUUUGGUAUUUCAUGUUACAGUCCUGAGAUACGAUUAUAUGACUCCAUUCAAAUCUAAAUUGGAUGACUUGCGUCCAAGAUCAUUUUACACCUAUAAGUUAGGAGAAUUGAAAGAAGGUAUGAAAGUUUUAGCUAAUAUCAAUAUGGAUGAACCAAAAAAUAGAGGUUACUGGUAUGACGUGGAAAUCAGGAAAAUUUCCAAAAAAUCUAUUGAAGGUGUUGCUUUUGUUAAUGCAGAUUCUAUUCCUGUUGAGUGUACAGUAUAUUUUAUUAAUGAAUUGAUGCGGAUAGAAAAGUCUGUUCCAAUUGAAGCAAGAGAUGAUAAAUUACCUGUACCUCCUCUAAGGAAAUAUUCAGCAGAUUGUGCUGCAUGCAAUGACAAUAAAAGAAGAGAUUGUAAAAGUUGUGGGUGUCAUACUUGUGGCAAAAAAGAUCGUCCAGAGGAAUUAUUAUUAUGUGAUGAAUGCAAUAUGGGAUUUCAUAUCAGCUGCUUGGAUCCUCCUUUGGAAAAAAUUCCUGAAGAGGAUGAAUGGUUUUGUCCGGGUUGUAAGAAUGAUGAAAAUGCCAUUGUCAAAGCAGGCGAAUCUCUAAAAGGUUCUAAGAAAAGGGAAAAGAUGCCUGCAACCAAACAAUCUGGCAGAGAGUGGGAUAAUGGAAUGGCAUGUGCAGGAAGAACUAAGGAAUGCACCAUAGUUCCUAAAAAUCACUUUGGACCUGUACCCGGUGUGGAAGUUGGAACAAUAUGGAAGUUCAGAUCUCAGGUGUCCGAAGCCGGAAUACAUAGACCCCUUGUUGCCGGAAUCCAUGGCAAAAGUGGUGAAGGAGCUUAUAGUAUAGUCGUGAGUGGGGGUUAUGAAGACGACAUGGAUAACGGAGACGAGUUCGAAUACACCGGAGCUGGUGGUAGAGACUUGACUGGGAACAAGAGAGUGAGUGGCCAGACCUGUGACCAAGACUUGACAUUGUCGAAUAAGGCAUUAGCAUUGUGCUGCAAUGCAAAGUUCAACAGGGAAGACGGGGCUGUAGCUUCUGAUUGGAAGGCAGGAAAACCAGUAAGAGUUGUGAGGAAACACUGCAAAUCAAAGUAUGCUCCAAGCGAUGGUUAUCGUUAUGAUGGUGUUUAUAAAGUUGUGAAAUAUUAUCCAGAAAAAGGAAAAUCAGGAUUUAAAGUAUGGAAGUAUACUUUGAGAAGAGAUGAUCCUAGCCCCGCCCCUUGGAGCAAAAAUGCUCCAGUUUUUGAAAUGAUUUAUCCGUCAGAUCAUUUUGAAAUAGAAGAAGCCAAAAAAAAGAAAAAAGCUUUAAUGGAACAGAAUAAGAUGGAAUUGAAAAAACUAAACAAAAAAGAACUGAAAACCCCCAAUGGCAAGAAACAAAACUCAGAAACGAAAAAAGGUGUGAAGCGGAAACAAGUCAGUUUAUUAGAUAUGCAAAUGAUAACUAAAAAACCAAAGACUGAUAAUAAAUUCAGUCUGAGUGAUGAAUGCAACAAAUGGAUUGAAAAUGACAAAGAUAACGAGCACUAUUGGAAAGAAUGUCAGGAAAAAUUGAUUGAAGGUAAAGCUGCAUUUUUGGAGAAAGUGAUGGAUACAUUUAUGUGUAUCUGUUGUCAAGAAUUGGUAAAUAAACCAAUCACCCUAUCGUGUAAACACAAUGUUUGUAAGGAAUGUUUGCAGAGAUCUUUUAAAGCACAAAUUUAUUCCUGUCCAAACUGCAGACAUGAAUUGGGUAAAAAUUAUGUACCUGAAAUAAGAUCCGAAUUAUACAAUGUUCUGAAAGAACUCUUUCCCGGUUAUGAAAAAGGUCGUUAACUAAUUUCACCUCAUGUAUUAUAUUGAAUUUUUAUGAAAAAAAUUUUAUGUGAAUUGAUAUUUAUCUUCAAUUCAUUUAAUAUUUUAUAUACAUUGGAUAUUUUUCAAUAGAUAUUUUAAGAAAUUUGCUGGCGAAUAAGUUAACUUGUUCUACUUGUACCAUUUUUGAUAGUAGGUUUACUUUUAUGAAUUUUAACUUGCUGAAAAUUCUGUCAGUGUUACCUAUCUUGUUUGUAUUCUUUAUAUAAUUUUUUAAAAUGUUUUUAUGAAUAAAUUUUUUCCAAAAA